AGUGCUUUGGCUUGUUUGCUAGAUGUAUGGUAGUGGUAUGCUAUGUUAUGAACUCACGAUGCUAUGAUUAUCUCACUCAGCUAUGAGCUGACCCUCUUUUAUUCUUCUUCUCUGCUUAUGCCAUGUGUAAGCAGAUCAUCAGCAGCAGUAGAUAGGUGUAUAGGUGGGAGCUGAGAAAGAGUUGAAGGCAAGAUGAGGUAUGGUCUUCAACCAUUCUGUGCUUGGACUACUACUCGGGAUUUUGGCCAGUGAUCCACACCUUUUUGUAAAAAUGUUUUGAGAACGUUUUUCAUGUGCAUACUAGCUUCUAAUGUAGUGUUAGAUAUCCACAGGUGUGGAAAGUUAAUGAUAUGUGUAUAUUUUUGUGGUUGUGUAAGUUAUGACGAUUAUGGCUUGUAUCAGUAGGGUAUGCAGUUGUGUAGUAUGAAACUGUGACUAUGGCUAUGAAAGCCAAUGCUUAUGGUUGUGAGUAUAUGUGUUUGUCUAUGAAUGCAUGGAUUCAGAUGAAUUAUUUUGCAGGAUCAUAUGGAAGAACUGUUAGCCCAUUACGCGAGUAAUUCAUGUCGAAAUUUUAUUUAGGUAAAAUUUGAUAAUUAAUGUAACGCCCGAGAUAAAUUCCGCUGCAAUUUUAUGAACAAUAUGAUUAGGCAAAACGUAUAGGGUAGGGUGUUACACCUGAGGAGGAAAGACCCCUAUAUAUUGGAAGAAAGGGAAUUCCAACACAAAAUGUGCUAGCAAUCUGUGAUUUUGAUAUGUUGUUCACAUUUUUUGUAACGGGUUGGCCUGGAUCUGCUCAUGACACUCGAAUACUUAUGGAUGCAAAAGCAAAGUUUGGAAAAAUAUUUCCUCAUCCUCCUGAAGGUAACUUACCGAGCAUUAAAUUUAAUCCUUCUAUCAUCAUAUUGUUUUCAAAUGGGUUUUACUUAUAUGAUCUUGUAUUUAUGCAUGUAAAUAUUAUCUUGUGGAUGCUGGAUAUCCGAAUAUGACAGGGUAUUUGGCACCAUACAAGGGAUCAAUGCUAAGAUAUCACGUCGUUGAAUUCCAACAAGGGGGUGAACCAACAGGUUUGCAAGAGAUUUUCAAUCAUGCACAUUCUUCUCUUAGAAAUGUGACUGAACGCACAUUUGGUGUUUGGAAAAAAAGAUGGCAAAUUUUGAAAAAUCCACCAAAUUUUGAUAUCGAAAAACAAAAUAAUAUUAUUGCUGCUACCAUGGCUCUCCACUAUUAUAUUAGAAUGAAUGCUAUUUGCGACGAGGAGUUUCAAUGGUGUGAUGAAGAUCCAAACUAUCUAGUUGAAGUUGGAGAUUAUGGAAGUCAAGGAGAAAGAAGAAAUGAAAGCACUAUUCCAGAUGAUAUAUUCAUGAACUCUGUUCGUGAUUCAAUUGCUGCAUCACUCAGGAAUCAUAGAUGAUUCAUUUUUUAUGUUUUUUUAUUGGAAUCUGUUUUUAUUACCUAAUAAUUAUUCUUGUAGUGGCUUAUGUUAGAUGAUGUUCAUGACUGCAAAUUUUCAUCAUCUUCUUCUUGAUAUCACUUUUUCUCUUUUCUCUACCUUAAUUAUUUUAAUGGCUGCCUCCCGUUCUAUUUCCCUCCACCGAGUACUCAUUUGGCGCCAGAAUUUGAAGCACGUUGGCCUAAAACAAUCAAACAUUUGACAGAUGUUAGCUAUUGCAUUGAUGUCUAUUUUAGUAAUUGAUUAUGAUAACAAAGCCAAAAGUACUUUUAAUACGAUUGAACCAAACAGCUUCUGCGGUAAAAAAGCACUUUUACCUUAUAAUUGCCAAACAAUAAACUGCUUAUUUUGAAAAGUGCUUCUCUAAAAGCUCAAGCCAGAAGCUGCUUUUACAAAAGCUACAGCAGGGCCAAACUGAGUUUAUAUAUAAAAUCAAACAGAUGCAAAAAAAAAAAAAAAAACCUGAGUCGGCUUGUUCAGCCUGAACCAACUCCCUACAUUAGCCACCAACCUCUAAGCUUCCACGUUCCGUCCGCAGUCAUCCAGAUCUUGCCCGGAUCUAUGCGUGUGAGGCUCCACCGCCCUCGUCGGAGUCCCGCUUUCCCUUGUUGCGACCGCCGCCGUCAAUUCUCUCUUCAACACCGAUCAGAAGCUCGCCGGCUAGAUCAAGUCGCCGAAGCGCUUUUUUCUUUCCAUCUGUCCUUGUUGCCGGAUCAAUCCUCCCCUUCUUGCCUUCCUCGUUGCCAUCUCAAACAGCAAUAUAACAACCUUGACAGCUGGCCUAGGUGACGUGUAAAACAGGAGCCAAUGUAUAAAUAGGAAGAUUCUUUCUGUGAUUGGUUAUAUGUUGUUAUCCAAUAAACUCAUUCUUAGCUACUUUACCAAUUAUGUUAGUAGAUAGCUGAAUAAACACGCCCACCCCCCCCCCCCCCGGAUAUAUCUAAAUACAAUUCGCCAGAUUUCCUCCAUUAUCGAUCCUUACAAGUGGUAUCAGCAGCCUAUAAUAUGGCAAUGGCGACGAAUACGUCUCGAAUCGUGGAUUUGGAGAAUCAGAUGGUUGCGGUCCAAGUGAAGUUGGAUACUCAGCAUCAAGAUUUGAAGGACACCAUUGUUGUUUUGGCAGCCUCGAGGAAGGAGAAUAUCGACGCUCUUACAGCUUCUAUCACCAGGUUGCAGGAGAAAUUGUCGAUUCGCUCGCUGCCGCACGCCGAUCCCGGUCAUUUUACCGAUCACCAACACUUCCGUCAUCAGCAACGUCGUCCGUCGCUUCUCGACCACUAUCUGCGAUUGGAAUUCUCUUACUUUUCUGGCUCGGAACCUCAAAGUGAAUCUCGGAUUAUGAAUGAUCCUCACGUCUUUGGUACCGCGUGAAGGUUCUACCAAGCCCGUCUUUGGACUUUGUCUCCAUAUGGCCUCCUAAGGGCUGAGCUCGGCAUCCUGGCCGAUCCAUCCAUAGUUGGGUGGCCACCUCAGCUAGUCACCAUGCCUUAGUCGAAUUUCUUGUCUUGUUGGCUUGAUACCCUGAUGUCUGGCUAUCAAGUCUGUCUUGUUGGCUUGAUAUCCAGACUUAGUUUCUGUAUGACUCUCUUAGUUGGUACCUGGCUUGGUCCCCCUGUUGCCUGGCCACCAAGUCAGUCUUGCCGGCUUGAUACCCCUGGGGUCAUGGUACCCUGUCGCCUUGCUUGGCUGCCAAGCCUGUCAUGCUGGCUUGGUACCUUGUAGGGGUCAUGUCGGCUUGGUACCUUGUAGGGGUCUUGGUACCGAGGUCGCCUUGCCCGCCUGGUACCCCCUUAGCUCCCAUACUUAGCCAAUUUUUAUAUCUUUUGGUAUCAAGCCUACCUUGUCGACUUGAUACCCCCUUUUGCUUCAUACUUAGCCAAAUUAUAUGUCAAAGUACCAAGCCCUGCUUUGCCGGCUUGAUACCCCGUCGUUGACAUCUGGUCAUUUGGCACCCUGUUGUGUCACCUUGUUUCCAAGACUUAGUUUUUGGAUGACCUCCUAUUUGGUACCCGGCUGUUUGGCACCCCGUUCUGUCGCCUUGUUUCCAAGACUUAGCUUUUGGAUGGCCUCCUAUUUGGUACCCGGCUUGGUACCCGGCCGUUUGGCACCCCGUUGUGUCGCCUUGUUUUCCAUACUUAGCCAAAUUUCUUACUUGGGUAUCAGGCCUGCCUUGUCGGCUUGAUACCCUCUUGUUUGGCCCCCUUAUUUGGUACCAGACUUGGUACCCGGUCGUUUGGCACCCCGUUGUGUCGCCUUGUUUCCAAGACUUAGUUUUUGUAGGCCAAAUUUCAUACUAAGGGGUGGAGGCAUCGUCCGGCUAUGGGGGCCUUGGAGACGGGUCGGCCAUCGUAUAGAGGAGAAGGGGGUUGGCCACUUAGGCCCAAAAAUCUCACCCAACUAGGCCCAACUGGUUUUUUUAAUCAUUAAUGUUGAGCUGGCCUUAUAAAUCCAUUAAUCCCUUGUAAUUAAUCGAUUGGGUACAAGCUAAUUUUUUUUAUGAAUAAACAGUAACAAUUGUCAUCUUGAUAAUCCAAUUCUCCCCUUGUUUCCCCUAAAUAAUUUGCAUGCCCAUAUAGAUAUCUGGUACUCAAUGGACAUGAAAGCAGCCAGUCAAGAACAACAGCAGCGACUUCCUAGGAAUCUGCCGAUGGAUGGCUAAGGAGUAACAAGUCGAGAACAAAUGGCAACCUGACGAUGACCGUAUAGGGAAAGGUCAAUUGUGAAUUCGUUCGUGUGAUUUCGAAUUUGGAUAUGUAUUGGUUUCUAUUUGUGUAUUAAGACUUAACACCUGAAGCCAUUAAUUGGAUCCAUAUAUACCUGGAUGUGGGUAUGUUCUUCAUCAGUUUACUAAUCUUUGUGUUGUAACGAAGAUGGCUGGAGUCCUCCAAUAAUUUAUGUAACAAUAACAAAAUUAAGUUUCGGUCUGGUCACUAGUUAAUGUUAGAGAGUGGUAUAAAAUGGUUUGUGACAUGAUAUCGGAGCUGGUUUGACCAAGUGGUCGUGUGUUUGAAUCUACACGACCUCCAAUAUUAACAGUUGAUUAAAGCAUAAGGUAUGGUGGGCCUGUGCAAACUUCAAGCCCGUGAGUUGGUUUUCGUUUGAGGGGACGUGUAGAGAGUGGUAUAAGAUCCAGCAUAACCUUCUCCCAACAACUAAAGUUGUUUGUAUCAACUGGUUUAUGACCGUUAAUUGAUUACUUGUAGUCAAGUAGAAUAUAUAUAUAAUGUCAGCCACGACUAUUGACAUUAAUCUCAUCCUUCGAAAAUAAUCGAAUAUGAAGCUAGGUUCAUGGUUAUGUAAAAGAUCCAUAGAAUGAAGUUUUUUUUAAGGG